CUUCCAGACCCAACAACGAUCAUCACUCCCUCCGCUCGCACUCCCCCCAAACCCACGCCAAUUCCGCCGUAAACCCGACCAAAUCCUCGCCGCGCUUCCCCGAUGCAGACACUCACAGCGCCCACCUCUGUUUCCAUACACCGGCACACGCCGACGGGCCGCUCGUCCAGAGCCCCCAAUUCCCUCAGGGUCACCGCCCGCGCCGUCACCUCCGCGCCCUCCGGCGCCGCCACCCGCGCGCCGGUCCCAUCCCACUUCUCCCCGGCCAAGCCCGCCAUUGCCACCCCCAAGGCACCAGCACCCGUCCGGCGCGAGGACAAGAAGAAGCUCAACCUCUUCCAGCGCGCGGCGGGCAUGGCGCUGGACGCCUUCGAGGAGGGAUUCGUCGCCAACGUCCUCGAGCGCCCGCACGGCCUCUCCAAGACCGUCGACCCAUCCAUCCAAAUCGCCGGCAACUUCGCACCCGUCGGCGAGACGCCCCCCACCCACGCCCUCCCGGUCACGGGCCGCAUCCCGCCCUUCAUCGACGGCGUGUACGCGCGCAACGGCGCCAACCCGCACUUCGACCCGGUGGCGGGGCACCACCUCUUCGACGGCGACGGCAUGGUGCACGCGCUGCGCAUCCGCAACGGCGCCGCCGAGUCCUACGCGUCCCGCUUCACCGCCACCGAGCGCCUCACCCAGGAGCGCGCCCUCGGCAAGCCCAUCUUCCCCAAGGCCAUCGGCGAGCUGCACGGCCACUCGGGCAUCGCGCGCCUCGCGCUCUUCUACGCGCGCGCCGCCUGCGGCCUCGUGGACCCCUCCCGCGGUACGGGCGUCGCCAACGCCGGCCUCGUCUACUUCAACGGCCACCUCCUCGCCAUGUCCGAGGACGACAUCCCGUACCACGUCCGCGUCGGCGCCGACGGGGACCUCGCCACCGUCGGCCGCUACGACUUCGCCGGCCAGCUCGCCUGCCCCAUGAUCGCGCACCCCAAGCUCGACCCCGCCACCGGCGACCUCCACGCGCUCAGCUACGACGUCAUCAAGAAGCCCUACCUCAAGUACUUCUACUUCGCCGCCGACGGCACCAAGUCCGCCGACGUGGAGAUCCCGCUCGACCAGCCCACCAUGAUCCACGACUUCGCCAUCACCGAGAACUACGUCGUCGUGCCCGACCACCAGGUCGUCUUCAAGCUGCAGGAGAUGCUCCGCGGCGGCUCCCCCGUGGUCCUCGACAAGGAGAAGACCUCCCGCUUCGGCGUCCUCCCCAAGCGCGCCACCGACGCCUCCGAGAUGGUCUGGGUCGACGUGCCGGACUGCUUCUGCUUCCACCUCUGGAACGCGUGGGAGGAGCCGGAGACCGACGAGGUGGUGGUCAUCGGCUCCUGCAUGACCCCCGCCGACUCCAUCUUCAACGACUCGGACGUGCCGCUCCAGAGCGUGCUCACGGAGAUCCGCCUCAACACGCGCACCGGCGCCUCCACGCGCCGCCCCAUCCUGGCCCCCGCCGAGCAGGUCAACCUCGAGGUCGGCAUGGUCAACUCCAACCUGCUCGGCCGCAAGACGCGCUACGCCUACCUGGCCGUCGCCGAGCCCUGGCCCAAGGUGUCCGGCUUCGCAAAGGUCGACCUGGCCACGGGCGAGCUCACCAAGUUCGACUACGGGGAGGGGCGGUUCGGCGGGGAGCCCUGCUUCGUGCCCAUGGACCCGGCCCUGUCCCGCGGCGAGGACGACGGCUACAUUCUCACCUUCGUCCACGACGAGGUCGCCGGCACCUCCGAGCUCCUCGUCGUCAAUGCCGCCGACAUGCGGCUCGAGGCCACCAUCCAGCUGCCGUCCCGCGUGCCCUACGGCUUCCACGGCACCUUCAUCACCGCCAGCGAGCUCGAAUCCCAGGCCUGAUUGGCCGAUCGAGCCGCACACUUGCCCAGAACCUCCACGUUUCCCGGAGGUGGGCAAGAAAGAAAGCAGAGGACAUGGACAGAGGAAGUUGUUGCCAGAGGGAGGAGCCUUCGGGCAUCCCCGGAAUCUUCCCUUCCGUCUACAGUUAGCAAUAGUCGGUUUCUGUUUGUUCAUAUUAGUUAGCUUCCAUCAGUCAGUCCACACUAGUGUAAGUAAGUCGUAAGAUUUAACUGUCACUCCCAGUGGCAGUGGCAGGAGGAUUUAGAGAUAGCGAGAGAGAAGGGGUCCAGCUCGUAGCUGCUCUGCUGGUGCUUGCUUCUUCAGAGCAACCGUAGCUCAGCUGGUGCCCGCUGCUAGUUACUAUAGUGUUCUUCAUUUUUUUCCGGAUAUGCUUGCCACCACCCGGUUGCUGCUGCUACUGCUGAUGCAGCCGAGGUGUUUGUUCUUAUGCCUCAUGUUUGUGCAUUU